GAUAAUGAAUGAUAAACGCUAAAAUAUUUAGUUAGGUGUAAUUUAGUGGGCUUAUGUUUGAUUAAAAUGUUUUACAACUGUCUUAUAAAUAGUUUAAAUGCUAUGGAGGCUAAUCAGUCAGAGACAAUUUUAGUUAAAAAAAAAACGUCAUUAAUUAUAAUGAAGUACUUUAUGAAGUGUUUUUAUUAAAAAUUGCACAAUCGAUUGCAUUUAACUGACUAACAGUAGUUUAUAAUAAUGAAGCAUUUUAUACUGCUUAACGUCACUGUAAAACAUGAUCAAGUAUUUAAAAUAAAAUACCAAUUUUAUUUUAUUUGAUUGACCACAUCGAUUAUACUAGUUAUCUUAUAUUUUCACUAAGGAAUUUGUAAUAUAAUUAUUAACUAUAUCAUGUACAACAAGAAAAUUCCUCUGCGUGAAGCGUUAACCAGAAAGAAAGUGUAUUGCAGUGAAGAUGAACCAGGAAAAGAAAAUUUAAAGCGAGUGCUAAACUUAUUCGAUAUAACUCUUUUAGCCAUAGGUGCCACUUUGGGAUCUGGAGUUUACGUGCUUCCUAGUGUAGUAUCCAAAACCAUUGCUGGUCCUGCAGUUGUAUUAUCAUUUAUAAUUGCUGCCAUCGUGUCUUCGUUUUCCGGCCUAUGCUAUGCUGAAUUCGCUAGUCGUGUACCUAAAGCUGGGUCUUCAUACAUUUACAGUUAUGUAGCUGUUGGAGAAUUUACCGCUUUUGUCAUUGGGUGGAAUGUAAUUAUAGAACACAUCAUUGGAGUAGCGUCUGUUGGCAAAGCAUUGAGCAACUAUUUCGAUUCGCUUCUGGGAUAUCCUCAGAAACAAUUCAUGAUCGAACAUUUUCCUAUACACAUAAGCUUUAUGGGAGAGUAUCCCGAUGUUGCAUCGUUUUUAUUCAUAAUGAUAUUUACAUUGUUAGUAGCUUGGGGCGUCCGUGAAUCUUCGUCUGCUAACAAUAUAUUCACUUCGUUGAAUUUGUUGACUAUAUUUACAAUAAUUAUUAGUGGAUGUUAUUUUGCGGAUUUCAACAAUUGGAAAAUUAAAAAAAACGCCAUUCCCGCCGGUGUGAACGGUGGCAAUGGCGGAUUUUUCCCCUUCGGAUGGCAAGGCGCAGUCGCAGGGGCGGCAAAAUGUUUUUACGGUUUUAUAGGUUUUGAAACCAUUUCAACGACGGGCGAUGAAACGAAAAAUCCCAAAAGGACAAUACCCUUAGCACUAGUAAUAUCUUUGUUGUUUACCACCACCGUGUAUUUUGCCAUUGCUGUAGUAAUGACGCUAAUGUGGCCGUAUUAUGAUCAUGAUUCGAACGCACCGUUACCGGUUAUUUAUGGACAUUUGGGCAUGCCAAGUAUUAAAUAUAUGGUCUCCGGAGGAGCGAUGUUAGCCUUAACUACCACUUUAAUAGGUUGUUUAUUUCCGCUGCCUCGAAUUUUAUACGCUAUGUCCAGCGAUGGACUUCUAUUUAAAAUAUUUUCAAAAGUCAACAAAACAACCAAAACGCCGUUCAUAUCCACCAUUUUUUGUGGAACAUUUGCUGGAACUUUAUCAACUGUAUUCAAUCUCGAACAGCUGAUCGACAUGACGUCCAUUGGAGUAUUUCAAGCCUAUAUAAUCGUAUGCAUUUGUGUGCUAGUACUUAGGUAUAAACAUAGUAGUCAGUUUAAAGAUGACCCAGAAGUAUCCGAAGUACGUGGACUACGCAAAUGUUUAAAUAUGUCCAGCUUAAAAGUAACCAGUGCAGACACCCAAUAUUUAUCAAGAGUGUGCAUAUUGAUCUACGUAUUAUUCGCUGUUGUGUUGUGUAUUUGUCUUGUAAACAUGGAAAAAGACCACGGUAUCAUGAGUUUUGUAUUGACAGUAUUGUGUAACAUUUCAAUUAUUGUUUUGGUUAUUGCAAUGAUUUUGUUGAGUAGAUUGCCACAAGCAAACGAAAAUAUAUCGUUUAAGGUACCGUGCGUUCCUCUUAUACCCUGUUUGAGUAUUGUGCUAAAUAUGUAUCUUAUGAUGAAAUUAGAUAUUAAAACGUGGAUAAGAUUUGUAUUAUGGAUUUGCUUAGGUUUACUGGUUUAUGCAUUUUAUGGAAUUAAUCAUAGCUUGGAAGCUUUAAGAAAACAAGAAGUAAAAAAAAAUUACGUUCAUACCUAAUAGUACAAAUGGUAUUUUAUAGAAUUUUAAAUAUGUAAUUUAUUACAAAAUGGAAAUUUAGCUGAAGUAUAUAUUUU